UAUGACGUAAAGUAGAUCGGAAAACAUAAAUGAACAUUGCUGUGUUGUCUGAGCUUUAGCUCGUAAAACCUAAAUAAAUCACUGCCUUUGGAAAACGACUGCGUAACCUCUUCCUCAGCGUAACUGUUCCAGCAACUUCGAGGGAUUCAAGUUAAAGGGGGGUGAUGGCAGACAAUUCGCAAGGUUCGUCAUCCCAGUCAUAUUGGGAAGGUUACAAGGAGUUUUGGUCAGAGAGGUUUUCCUUUUUGGAAAACUACUCAAAGUUCAUCAAGCGUGAUAAACCCAUCCCUUCCUGGUCCAGCUCUGACGUCGAGGAGUUUAUCGCUUCUGAUCCUGUUCAUGGACCCGUUCUGAAAAGUGCCAGGGAGGCAGUGCAAUUUGGCAUCGGAGGAAGUGCUUUGGGAGCAUUGUUUACUGCUGGCUAUGCCUGGAAAUAUUCAAGGAGUUUACAUGGCGCUGGAUUGUCAUUUUUAGCCGGAGGUAUAUUUGGUUGGACUUUUGGACAUGAAAUCGCAAAUCAUGCUCUUCAACUUUACAGGGUAGACACAUUGACUGCGGAGGUGAAGUUUCUGGAGUGGUGGAAUAAGAAGAGUGGAGGGUAUUAAAACUGUUGGCUUCAAGAAAAUAAUGCCACACUUGUUAUCGUUUCUGACUGAAAAAAUGAAGAAUAUUUAUCCGUGUUGUUAGUACGAUUUAUGUUCACUGAAUAAGUAUGUUGGAGUGGCAUAGGUUAAGUUUUAAAACUGAUGCAUCAUAGCAAGACAAAUUGUGACCUGUGCAAUUCUUUCUCUGUAUUGUGCUGUUCUUCAUUAGUCUGGUUUUUUAAUAAUAGUUGGGCACUUGGGCUAGGGGUCAUAAGAGCUGGCAAUUUCAUAUUGUUCCACUUCUGGGACAAUCGAGAGCAAAUGCUCUGAGAGCAGUUGUCGUUGGAGUCAAAAUUAAGUUUCACGUUAGAAUCGUACUGCUUUGUGAUUGAUUUCUUCGUUUUCCUUCACCA